UGCGGUGCCGGUAGCUUCUCUUUGAGUUUUGUUUACAUUUAUAUUGGUUCUGCCUGGGGGUAGGGGAAUACGUUUCAAAGUUUCCCAACAGAAUGAAGCAAAUGAAAAUAAAUAAAUUAGUAAAAAUGGGCAUGAGGGAAGGGAUCUUCUUCCUUUGCUUGCCCAGUGGCACAUGGGCAUGCACUCCUGGGAGGGCCACGCUACGGUUGCGCAUCCCUCCCCAGCUCCCCUGGCGGAGGAAGACAUGACUGAAGGUCAGAUUGUCCUUCCUGCACUGUGGUUUGAGUGAGAGGAGCAGUUCUUUUUGCCAGGCAAGAGAGUCACAGACCUCCCCCCCCUCGAGAACACAACAGGAGAAACGCAAGGAUUCAGUCACAGGAGGCCUGUGUUCAGAUCACACUAAUGAUUCUGUCUGAUGCUCCCCCUCAUCUACCAUCUCCCAGAUGCAGAGUUGCCAAUAUCCAGGGAAGGCCCGGAAAUCUCCUGGGUUUGUGGCCCCCCCCAACUUCCGUUCAUCCCACCAGCCCUUGUGCCUUGAUCCAAGUACAAACCACACUCCUGAUUCAAUCCCACUCUGUGCCGGCACAAGAUUUACAGUUGACCUACACUAACGGGAGACCCCUGUGUCUGUGGAUGGACAUAUUUCCUGACCCACUCAGAAGCCACCCUGGAACAGCCUGACCCAAAGUAACAUCUUGAAAGAGCCAGAGACAGUUAAAUAUCCCAAAAGACAAAACAAGCAUAUUUUCAAAAAGAGCACCCCCCAAAAAAAUUUACAAACCACACUUUUGUUCUUAUCCACCAUGUGUAAUUAUUCUCUUUUGUUUUCCUUCUGACACGUUGAUAUCUGCCUCCUACCGCCCAUCCCAGCCCCACACUCACAGGAAGAAGCCCGUCUUCAUACCCAAGUGAGUAAAGGAAUCCUUUCACAGUCAGAGGCGACCCAAUAGAAGAAGAAGAUGGAAGAGCAGGACCCAGGAGGUCCUGGACUUGAAGAGAGAGCAAGGAAGGACCCCCAUCCCAUCCAGGCUGGGAGAGGUGUUGCAUUCUGGGAGAGGGCUGUGCCAGAGGUCUGGGAUCGGGAGACCCUGAACUCAGAAGCACUUUCCCAAUGCUUCCGGCAGUUCUGCUACCGUGAUGCCUAUGGGCCCCGGGAGGUUUGCAGCCGGCUCCAUGGACUUUGCAGUCACUGGCUGAAGCCAGAGAGGCACUCCAAGAAGCAGAUCCUGGACCUGGUGAUCUUGGAGCGGUUCCUGACCGUCCUGCCCCAGGAAAUGCAGCGCUGGGUCAUAGGAUGUGGGCCGGAGACCAGUUCCCAAGCGGUGGCCCUGGCCGAGGGUUUCCUCCUGAGUCAGGCCGAGGAGAAGAGGCAGGCAGAACAGAGGUUGGGUCUGUCCAUGAAGAUGGAAGCUACGUUGGAAAGAGCUCCGUUGGAGGAAGGGCAGCUGGGCCCGGCCCAGGAAUGUGCCCAAGUUUCCCUCUCACAUGGCAGUGAGGAAGCAGCGUUGAUCUGUUCUGUUUCUGGAGGUGUGAAAACAGCUGCUGCACCCCCAGUCCAGAGGCAGAGUGGGUGUUGCUGGAUCCAGACCAAAGGGCUCUCUAUGAAGACGUCAUGCUGGAGAACUACGGGAUCGUGGCUUCUCUGGCAGCACAUAUAGAGGAGAUGGUUGGGGGAAACCAGGGGUUCUCUGUGGAAAAAGAGAAGAAUGGUUUUUCUGAAGGAGAGGUUGAGGACAGAGACCAACCACCAAGUCAGGACGGAAGCCACUCAGACAAGAAAGCAGCUAA